ACGGUCCUUCGGCACUCGCCAGGUAUGUCUAAAGCCUUGCUAAUGUUAAGAUUACAAUUUUGCCUGAAUAGUCUAAGACCUAGAUAUAGGGUGUUAAGUUCUUGUGGUGAAAAGUUUGUUGGUGAAUUUUAGGGAGAAUGCCGCCACGUAGGGGUGCACGCCGAGGAGGUGGUAGGGGAGGCAGAGGAGCCGGUCGUGGCCAGCCGGAGGCGCCACCUGUUGCACCGGCAGUCGACCCAAACGCACCGGUCACCCAGGCGGAUCUCGCCGCGAUGGAGCAGCGUUAUCAGGACAUGCUGCAAGCUGCUUUGGCGCCUUUCCUUGCCGCCCAGCAGAACCAGGCCGCCCCUGUUCAGGCCCAGGCCGCCCCUGCUCAGGCCCAGGCCGCCCCUGUUCCGGCUCAGGCCGUCGCUCCUCCAGCCCCUGAGGAAGCUCAACCAGUACCAGUUCAACUGUCGGCCGAGGCGAAACACUUACGGGAUUUCAGGAAGUAUAAUCCCAAGACCUUUGACGGAUCCAUGGACAACCCCACAAAGGCCCAAAUGUGGUUGACGUCCAUAGAGACUAUUUUCCGGUACAUGAAGUGCCCAGAAGACCAGAAGGUGCAGUGUGCAGUCUUCUUCUUGGAGGACAGGGGCACCGCCUGGUGGGAGACCGCUGAGAGAAUGCUGGGGGGCGAUGUCAGCAAAAUAACUUGGGAGCAGUUCAAGGAGAACUUCUAUGCUAAGUUCUUCUCUGCAAAUGUGAAGCACGCCAAGCUGCAAGAGUUCCUAAACUUGGAGCAAGGCGACAUGACGGUGGAGCAGUACGACGCCGAGUUCGAUAUGCUGUCCCGCUUUGCUCCCGAUAUGGUAAGGGAUGAGGAUGCCAGGACGGAGAAAUUCGUUAGAGGACUCAGGCUAGACCUUCAGGGCAUUGUCAGAGCCCUCCGCCCAGCCACGCAUGCUGAUGCACUACGUAUAGCACUGGAUUUGAGCCUGCCUGAGAGAGCCGAUCCGUCUAAGGCUGCCGGCAGAGGGUCAGCCUUGGGACAGAAGAGAAAGGUGGAGACGCAGCUUGACGUAGCACCGCAGCGAACACUGAGGUCAGGAGGUGUCUUCCAGAGACACCGACGGGAGCUUGCAGCAGCCGGGAGGACUCUGAGAGAGCUACCCGCUUGUACUACCUGCGGGAGAGUCCACGGAGGUCGUUGCUUAGCUGGAAGUGGAGUCUGCUUCAGAUGUAGACAGCCGGGGCACACUGCUGAUGUGUGUCCUCGGAAACCCUUUGAGACGACACCGCCCCAGCCUUCUGCGUCCCAGCAGGGGAGAGUUUUCGCCACCACCCGGCAGGAGGCCGAGCGAGCUGGCACAGUGGUGACAGGUAGAGGACGGGGCAAGGGCAAGGGCAAGCUGGCGAGCGACCCGAAGUGAGACCGUGGAGGGCCAUAGGGACUACCGCUUCCGCUUAUUCUUAUUUCAGAUUUUCGCAUUUGAAUUUGAGUACUUUUCAUCACUUACCAUCUUUUAUGUAGAUAGGGCCCGAGUAGGAUUUCAGAACGCUUUUACAUUUUUGCAUGACUACCUUGUUUAAAUUUUAUAAAUAAAAUUUCUUAAACCGUA